AUGAGCAGUGUAGUCCAGAACCCCUACAUCGGCCGAACACCAACCACUCGGAUGCCCAAGCCUGGGGGCAGUGGAGGGGUGGCACCAGGGAGUCGAGACAGCAGUGGGAUUUGUCGAAGCAGUAGCAUCAGCAGUGGAAGUGGUGGUUCUGGAGGCAAGAUACUGUCUCUGUCAUCCAUGAGUGAUAGUGUGCACAGUGGCCUGAGCUGUUUCUUGUCAGAGCAAGCACUGGAGCAGGAAGAAAGGCAGCAGCGCAGUCGCCAGUUAGCAGAGUUUCAGCGCCUCAAAGAGGUUCGUGCAGCUGCUCAGCUCAAAAACCUGGAGGAUUUCCUUAGGAUGAACCAUGUAUCACUCAGGGACAGCAUAUCUUAUUCCACUGGCAUGAUUUACAGGAAUUUGGGUAAAUCGGGGCUGAGGGUGUCCUGUCUUGGAUUAGGCACAUGGGUUACCUUUGGAGGACAGAUAACUAAUGAGGUGGCAGAGGAGCUGGUGACUUUGGCAUAUGAGAAUGGAAUCAAUCUGUUUGACACAGCUGAAGUGUAUAAUGCUGGAAAGGCUGAGGUUGUCUUGGGAAGUAUCAUGAAGAAGAAAGGAUGGAGGCGCUCCAGUUUAGUCAUCACCACCAAAAUCUUCUGGGGGGGAAAAGCAGAAAUGGAAAGAGGAUUGUCUAGAAAACAUAUAAUUGAAGGUCUAAGAGCAUCACUGGAGAGACUUCAGUUGGAGUACAUAGAUGUGAUUUUUGCAAAUCGUCCAGAUCCUAACACACCUAUAGAAGAGACGGUGAGGGCAAUGACCCAUGUGAUCAACCACGGGAUGGCCUUGUAUUGGGGUACGUCACGAUGGACUUCAAUGGAGAUCAUGGAGGCAUACUCUGUGGCACGACAGUUCAACCAGAUCCCACCAAUUUGUGAACAGGCAGAGUACCACAUGUUUCAGAGGGAGAAGGUUGAAGUGCAGCUCCCUGAACUCUUCCAUAAGAUAGGUAUUGGAGCAAUGACAUGGUCUCCACUGGCCUGUGGGAUCAUCUCAGGGAAGUAUAACAGCGGGAUCCCCCCAAAUUCACGUGCUUCACUUAAGGGUUAUCAGUGGAUGAAGGACAAGAUCCUGAGUGAGGAGGGGCACCGUCAGCAGGUGAAGCUCAUAGAGCUGCAGGCAGUUGCUGAGCGACUAGGCUGCACUCUGCCCCAACUGGCUAUUGCCUGGUGUCUGAGGAAUGAGAGGGUGAACUCUGUCCUGCUGGGGGCUUCCAGAACUGACCAGCUGAUGGAGAAUAUCAGAGCAAUACAGGUUCUACCAAAGUUAUCACUGUCCAUUGUAUCUGAAGUGGAUGGGAUCUUGGGAAACAAGCCAUACAGUAAAAGGGACUUCAGAUCCUAGAGGCAUCAGUAAUGAACUGUCACACUGUCCUCUGCUUUUGAAACAGCAGCAACACACAUGGGCAAACAGUGAAUAAUAUGGUGUCUGUUUCCAAAAAACACAACCAGCAAAAAUGUGCCAUUAUUUAUUUUACCAAGUCAGUGCACUGUCUUGAUCACAUUUGCACUUACUGCCACUUAAUGAUACCAGUUUCUACAAUAUGCAAUACUUACCUUCAAGGAAAACAAACAAACAAACAAAAAAUAAGUUUUUAAAAAAUCAGUUGAGCAAGUGAAUGAUUGAGACCUGUAAACCUACUGAGCACAAAACAUCAUGGUAUCAUGCAUUAGCCUUUUCACUUUAAUAACAACAGGUAUGUUCAAACAGUGUUAAUUUGAUAUUUGGACUUUGUUUUUCCAGUCUUUUCCCAAACACGUAGCAAUUUAAUUAUUGU